AUGGGGUCUGGGAUUUGCGUAGGGUUGUUCUUGGUUAUUUUCAGUUUCGCUUUGACCGGUUCAGUUUUUGCUUCUGAAAGUGAAGAGACCCAAUCGAAGGAGUUCGUACUCACUUUAGAUCAUUCCAAUUUCUCUGAAACUGUUAAGCAGUACAACUUCGUUGUGGUCGAGUUCUACGCUCCAUGGUGUGGUCACUGCAAGAAACUUGCUCCCGAGUAUGAGAAAGCUGCAUCUACAUUGAGUGGUCAUGAUCCUCCUGUUAUUCUGGCAAAGGUAGAUGCCAAUGAAGAGAAAAACAAAGUUCUUGCAAGUGAAUAUGAGGUUCAAGGUUUCCCCACCCUUAAGAUCUUCAGAAAUGGAGGGAAGAAUAUUCAAGAUUACAAAGGUCCUCGUGAUGCGGAUGGUAUUGUUUCUUACUUGAAAAAACAAAGUGGUCCUGCAUCUGUUGAGUUAAAAUCUGCUGAAGAUGCUAAUGGCCUUGUUGAUGACAAAAAGAUUGUUGUUGUGGGAAUAUUCCCAGCAUUAUCCGGUGAGAAGUUUGAGAAUUUUACCGCUCUUGCUGAGAAAUUGCGUUCCGACUAUGAGUUUGGUCAUACAUUGGAUGCAAAACUUCUGCCACGAGGGGAUUCGUCUGUGUCUGGGCCUAUUGUUAGGCUGUUCAAGCCAUUUGAUGAGCUCUUUGUAGACUUUCAGGAUUUUGAUGUUGAUGCUUUAGAGAAGUUUGUUGAAGAAGGAAGUAUUCCAAUUGUUACUCUCUUUAACAAUGACCCUAGCAACCAUCCUUUCGUUGUCAAAUUCUUUGACAGUCCUAAUGCAAAGGCCAUGUUGUUUUUAAACUUCAGCAGUGAGCUUGGUGAUGCUUUCAAAUCAAAGUAUCAUGAAGUUGCUGAGCAGGACAAAGGAAAGGGCUUAAGUUUUCUGAUGGGUGAUGUUGAGGCUAGUCAAGGUGCUUUCCAGUAUUUUGGACUUAAAGACGACCAGGUGCCUCUCAUCAUCAUCCAGACCAAUGACGGACAGAAGUAUCUCAAACCAAAUCUAGAGCCCGACCAUAUUGCAUCUUGGGUGAAAGAGUACAAGGAUGGCAAAGUUCCACCAUACAAGAAGUCUGAGCCUGUACCUGAGAACAACACAGAACCUGUUAAGGUGGUUGUUGCUGACAGCCUUCAGGACAUGGUUUUCAGUUCUGGGAAAAAUGUGCUAUUAGAGUUUUAUGCUCCCUGGUGUGGACACUGCAAGAAGUUGGCUCCAAUUUUGGAUGAAGUUGCUGUUUCUUUCGAAAAUGAUGGUGAUGUCUUGAUUGCAAAGAUUGAUGCUACGGCGAAUGAUAUUACAAAUGAAGCCUUUGACGUCAAAGGUUAUCCAACUGUGUACUUCAAGUCAGCAAGCGGAAAUCUGUUGCAGUAUGAGGGGGGCAGGACCAAGGAAGACAUCAUUGAUUUUAUUCAGAAGAAUCGGGACAAUACUGCCCAGCAAGAACCGAAGAAAGACGAGCUUUAA